UACUCUGCGCAGGCGCAGUCUCAGUACCGCUCGUGGAUCGAUCGCGGCCGCACGCGCAACGCCGCGACAUGUCUCGACUUCUGAUCGUAUUAUUUGCGCUCGCCGCUCUCGCUUCGGCUGUUGACCCGCCGUCACCCCGUCUAAUAGACUUCAACCCUUGGUCGUGGCUCCCCAGCAGUCGCAAUAAAUCCCCAUUUAUCAUGGACUACUUCUUCCCACCGUCCCGAACACCAAAGCAGUCCAACUUGGACCCGCCAGCUGACAGACAGCCCCCGACUGUACAAACAACCAUGGACGAUGCGAUGACGACUAUCAACGGUCGACAGACGACUCUUUCAAGACGUAUCCAUAAUAAAAUCAAAACCACUGUCCCAGCGCCCCGUCCCACAGCCACUGUGCCUCCUAAAACUAAAAAAUCCCACAAAACCACCCCAACGGACACGACAACGCAAUCUAAAACCACGCAAUCACCAAAACUCGAGAUAACGACUACAAAGGUACCGGUAACGUCGCGCCCGACUAAACACUAUUCAAUAAAGCCGGUGAGAACCACGGAGACGACGCAAGACACGGCAUCGACUAUGAAUACGAACAUGGACAGUACAGAGACAGUGGGUUUGGAGACGUUGGGGACGACUAGCGACAUCGUCAAAGACACAGGAGUGCCGACGACCAGUACUGCCGAGGGUCAUUCCACUGAGGCGAGCACGACGACGGACUCGACGACGAUUCAAGACAGCACCACCACCGAGCCAGCGGACAGUCGCGAAGGGUAUCUGCCGCUCCGGGACAAGCCACAACAAACUCAAGUCAAAAUCAAUGAAGAAACUAAAAAAGAGACUGUGCCGUUGCCAGCCGGCUCCACUUCAGUAUUAGCCAAGCCGACGAAGUACCACUAUUAUCCUCACAAUCAACACAUUUAUUUGCUGCCUGAAUGUGCCAUUCAACAGGUGUGUAAUGCAGUUUACGUACGUUUGAAUUACACUCAGCCGCUGUGCGCGUGUCCCGCCAGAUACCGCGACCCGUGCUCGGCUAGUCUCAAUGCCGACGACCUCCAUACCACAAGGCUCACCACAGAUUCCAAAAAGAAGUAUGCAAAAAAAGCUGUUACAUUAGUGAAGACGUGCGAAGCAGUAUCCGAGAUGAGAGAAUGUCGAGCACCACGCGAUUGGUCCCUGUUAGCGUUGCAGAACAUACGGACCGGCAAAUCGCACUACUUGGUCAUCUGCAGAUGUCCGGAAAGCCAUAUACUAGAAGGUCCAAUGACGCACGACCAACCAACGUACGCUUCCGUACCCGGCAUUAGGGUGUACGGAAUGAUGUGCAAUCGACCCACCACGGCAUACCAUUCAGGUUUCAACACAAAUCGAUUCUCUAACAUAGUUCAAAGCACAACGAAUUCCUACAAAGUGGACUAUUCUCAAGCCCACUCGUACGUCGACAAGCCUGCCUACAACCGAUUUCAAACCCACAGCUAUUUAGACAACAACUACUACAACAGGCGAACAAGAGCGGCACGCAUUCGUCGAGCACCUUCGGAAUACCCCCCUUUCCCAUGGUACAAAGUAAUUGAAUUAGCGCGAUCUUUACACUGGAUCAAUUAAGACUAAUAGCCGUAUUGUAAGAAAAGUAUGUUGGGUUCAAGCAGGCCUUAUCUUGUUAGUGAAAUCCGCCUUAUUGAAUUCAACGCAAACUUUAACUAGAUGUAAUAAAUAAUGCUAUAGCUUUCAUGUACCAGUAUUUAGUUUAAUGUUAAUCACAUCAUUACUUAUGAGAUGUUCAGUAUGCAUUUUUAUUUAAAUACAGUCAUAAGCCUAUUCAUGUACGAAAUUAGCAAGAUGAAAAUAUAAAAUUUAUGAUAUUCAACGAUCAUGGGCCACUUCCAAAUAGACUUUAUUCGUUUAGAAAUGUUGCACAGAAAAUAUAAAAUUUCUCGUGAAAUCCGCUCUCGAUUUAUGUCGAUCUUGGGCCAGGACAUUGUACCGGGUGUAAAAUGAUAGUUGUUAAAAUGUUUCCAAUUAUGAAUUCUGAUAAAUAUUUAUAGCGGUUAGUUGUUCUAGCAAAAACAUUAUUUAAAAUUGUACCACGAUACGUUAUCGACAUAUUCAAACAAUACCAACUCAAAUAUCAUUUGAAACUUGAAAACGGUAACUCCGUUCUGAAAAAAAUCCAUAGUAAACAAAAUAAUUGAAUGAACAACUAAGCCCUUGUUUUAUCAUAUAAAGCUAAAAAUAUUUCAACAAAAUACUACCUUAUUCUGGACAUACUCCGCAAAAAGGACCAUAGGGGAAUAGUAUCUAUAGCCCAGGACGAAAAGAUUAUAAACAUUUAAAAUUAUACAGUUUAAUGUUAAUCAAAGCCUAGGGAAACAUAAAAUUAUUGAUUUUUCAUAAAACUUAGAGCGGAUUUAAUUCAAUGGCCUAGUGCAGGAUAAAUUAUCUUCUGUAGCUCAUGAGCUAAGACUAAAAAUAUUGGCGGAUCUUUACCUUACCGAAAGUGCUAGUAACUCUAACUAUGGGUACAUCAAUCUAUAAUAAUAUAUGAUUUUAUACUAAUAUAAUGUCAUUACAUAAAAAAGUUCUACAUACUUUAGCUGUCUUAUGAAUAAACGCGAUGUAAAGUUACUCCAAGUUUAAAAUUACCUCUCCCUGUCAUGUGAUUCUGUAGUGACAAAAGUAAAGACAAACGACCUUACAAAUAAACUUGGUAUAAAGUUAUAACUGAGAAUAAACCAAGAAUAUGCAAAAUGUUUACAAAUAGACAUUUUGCUUAUGAUUGGUUUAUUCGGACGUAUAAUGUUUCGUGCGUUUAUUUGCAAGGCUGCCUGACAUUCGGUAUAGACAGCGUUGUCAAUGAUAUAGUCAACAUUUUGUAUAUUCUUGGUUUAUUCUCAGGUAUAACUUACUACGAGGUUUAUUUGUGAGGCCGUACAGGUUUAAAAUUUGAAGUAACUUUACUUGGCGUUUAUUAAUAGCACAGUAGAUGUGCUUUUGGUUAUGUACGCUUUACAUUUUUGGUACCCGGAUGAUCUAAUACACAGUUGUUAUACUUAUUGCAUACUUAAUAAUGCAUUUAAUGUAAAAGUAAGACUAUAAUAUUUACUGUUUGCCAGAUCUAGAAAUAGCCAAUAGUUUUAAGAUAAUAUUGAGGUGAAAUUUACACAAACGAUGUGAUAAGUGUACGGAGGGUUUACGAUGUAGUUCGUUGCAUUUAUAGUACUUUAAGUUAAUUUUAUGCAGUAUUUAUGUUAAACUUAUUUAGAGAAAUUGCCGUGUAAAUAUGCAAGUUAAUUACAAUAUUUGUAAUUAGGAGAGAUUAAAUUUGACUAGAAAAAACGAAGUGGUUUCAAUCGGUUUAUAUCUGCUAAAAUUUUAUCAAGAAAGGUGUUUGCAAGUGCGACGUCUCAAGUCAAUUUCCUAAUAUUAUGCAAUUAUUGGGGUUGAGCAGGGUAUCAAGAGUUAAGUAGAUCCUGGAGCCUUGUGAGAGAGUGGCUGAGA